AUGGCGGACGUGGAGAUGAAGGAGGCCUCCGCCGGUGCUUCUGCCAAGGGCAAGGCCGUCUCCAAGGGCUCCGACAGUGCCGCUGAUGGCAAGAAGAAGUUCGAAGUGAAGAAGUGGAACGCUGUGGCGCUGUGGGCGUGGGAUAUCGUCGUGGACAACUGUGCCAUCUGCCGCAACCAUAUCAUGGACUUGUGCAUCGAAUGUCAAGCCAACCAAGGCUCAUCAACGACGGAGGAGUGCACCGUCGCCUGGGGAAUCUGCAACCACGCCUUUCACUUCCACUGCAUCUCGCGAUGGCUGAAGACCCGCCAAGUCUGUCCGUUGGACAACCGGGACUGGGAGUUCCAGAAAUACGGCCGGUAA